AUGGCGACCUCUCUCCCAACCCAAUGGUUGAAACGCAGUCUUCUCCAAGCUCGAAGCUACCAACGCCCAACAUGCCGCUUCAACUCGACCUACGCCCACCUCCAAGAAUCCCUCCCCAAACGCCUAAUCCAACCAACGUUUGAAGAUCUCUCCCCUCAGACUUCCUUCCGCCUCUCCACCACUCUCGCCGAUUAUCUCCCCUCUUCUUCCCCACCCGCAGUCCUGCCCCCAGCAAGUCUCGCCAAAGAACUACCCAUCCCGCAUCAUCUCGUCUACUUCGAACCGAGCAAACGCGCCUCGGAAAUGCUACCUGAUGGCACGAACCCCGAUCAAUCUCCCGGCGAACCUUUUGUGCGGAGGAUGUGGGCUGGUGGAAGAUUAUUAUACAAUCAUGACAAUCCGUUGAGAUUGGAUGGAACGCGGGGAGUCUGUGCGGAGUUUAUUCGCGGGGUCACGAUCAAAGGUAAAGAAGGCGAGGAGAAGUUAUUCGUCGCUAUUGAACGCCGUUUGGCGAAAAGCAGUGAUGCGGAAAAUGCUUUUGCGAGUAAAGUUGCCGAGGGGAGCGCGGAGAGGGCUGAAUUGGAUCAUCUGGUUCGGCAGAGAUUGUGGAGGGAUUCCGAGGAGGAUUUCGGCGAGUGUUCGAUUUUGGAGACGAGGAAUAUCGUCUUUAUGAGGGCCAGAACGCCGGAACAAGCACAAAUUGAUGCGAACAAGGCUCCUGGCAAGAUUUUGAAACCUCAACAUGAGCCGGAUUGGACGCAUACUAUCCUCCCCGACCCCAAACUUCUUUUCCGAUUCAGUGCGUUGACUUUCAAUGCGCAUUCUAUACAUCUGGAUCCGGAAUACUCGCGCACCAUUGAAGGACAUCGGAAUCUCUUGUUCCAUGGGCCGAUGAGCUUUGUGUUUUUGGUGGAGUUGUUGCAGGGAGAACUGAAGAAGGUAGGGAAUGAGGUGGUUAAGAAGGUGGAGUAUAGGAAUGUCGCGCCGUUGUAUUGUCAUGRAAAGGUCAAGUUUAAUGGAAAGAAGACUGGGGAGGGAAAGUGGGAGAUUUGGGCCGAGACUCCGGAGGGUGGGGUUGCUGUUAAGGGGAGUGUGUGGACUGGGUAG